CUAGUUCCCUUUUUUCAUUUCGCUAUGUCCAAGAAGACCGACAACGAUACUGAAAAGAUUCACGAAUCAUUCACUGAGGAGCAGCUCUCAGAGAUCAGGGAAGCGUUCAAUUUAUUUCCACAAGAUAGGGAAUGUAUCAGGGCAGAUAGUGUUGAAACUCUAUUACGGGCUUUGGGACACAAUCCGUCACCAGAGGAGAUGCAGAAGAUUUUCAAACAUUUACACAUAUAUUCGCAAAGCAAGGUGUCAUUCAAUAUGCUCUUGUCGGUGAUAGCUAUGUUGUUUUCUUCCUGCUCCGAGGAGUCCAUUAGACAAGCUUUCCGGAUGUUUGACAAGGACGGUAAUGGUACGAUAGACUCGCGUGAAUUACGGCACGUGAUGCUGAAUCUUGGGGAGGCGUUGACUGACGACGAAGUGGACGACAUGAUAAGAGAGAUUGACGUUGACGGGGACGGUGAAGUCGACUGUGAAGAGUUUGUGAUGAUGAUGAAGAAGUAACUGUUAAGGGAAGUGAGAGAACUGAGAAGUUGCUGAAAGCAAAUGGCAUUACUCGACUCUAGCUCUGUCAGCACUAAAUGACAUUCAGAAAACGCUCAU